GCAUCUAGACUUUUCAACGUGGUGCCAUGGGGGGCUUGGAGAAAAAGAAGUAUGAACGUGGCUCUGCCACCAACUAUAUCACCCGAAACAAAGCCCGGAAGAAGCUGCAGCUGAGCCUGGCCGAUUUCAGGCGGCUGUGUAUCCUGAAGGGCAUCUAUCCCCACGAACCCAAGCACAAGAAAAAGGUGAACAAGGGCUCCACUGCUGCCCGCACCUUUUACCUCAUCAAGGACAUCCGCUUUCUUCUCCAUGAACCUAUUGUCCACAAGUUCCGUGAAUACAAGGUCUUUGUGCGAAAGCUGCGGAAAGCCUAUGGGAAGAGUGAGUGGAACACUGUGGAACGGCUGAAAGACAACAAGCCCAACUAUAAGCUUGACCACAUUGUCAAAGAGCGGUACCCCACAUUCAUCGAUGCCCUGCGGGACCUGGACGACGCCCUCUCAAUGUGCUUCCUCUUCUCCACCUUCCCACGGACUGGCAAGUGCCACGUACAGACCAUUCAGCUGUGCCGCCGGCUUGCCGUGGAGUUCCUGCACUAUGUGAUUGCCGCCCGGGCCCUGCGCAAGGUCUUCUUGUCCAUCAAGGGCAUUUACUACCAGGCUGAAGUGCUGGGGCAGCCCAUCGUGUGGAUCACACCCUACGCUUUCUCCCACGAUCACCCCACCGAUGUGGACUACAGGGUCAUGGCCACCUUCACUGAGUUUUACACAACCCUGCUGGGCUUUGUCAACUUCCGCCUCUACCAGUCCCUCAAUCUGCGCUACCCACCCAAGCUCGAGGGAUUCACGGAAGUGAAAAGCAGUGAAGAGACCUAUGCAUUGGAUUCCGAGAGUACCCUGGAGAAACUGGCGGCCCUCAGUGCCAGUCUUGCCCGAGUAGUGGUGCCUGUGGAGGAGGAAGAGGCCCAGGUGGAUGAGUUUCCAGCCGAUGGGGAGGAAGCGACGCAGGAGGAGGAGCACAGAAAGGAGCUGGAGGCCCAGGAGAAGCACAAGAAGCUCUUUGAAGGCCUGAAGUUCUUUCUGAACCGGGAGGUGCCCCGGGAGGCAUUGGCUUUUAUCAUCAGGAGUUUUGGGGGUGACGUGUCCUGGGACAAGUCUCUCUGCAUCGGAGCCACUUACGAUGUCACAGAUUCCUGCAUCACCCACCAGAUUGUUGACCGACCAGGGCAGCAGACCCCUGUCAUUGGCAGGUACUACGUUCAACCCCAGUGGGUGUUUGACUCGGUGAACGCCCGGCUCCUCCUCCCUGUGGCUGACUACUUUCCUGGGGUCCAGCUGCCCCCGCACCUCUCACCCUUUGUGUCGGAGAAGGAAGGCGAUUACGUUCCCCCUGAAAAGCUGAAGUUGUUGGCCCUGCAGCGGGGCGAGCACCCUGGCAAUUUGGAUGAAUCUGAAGAGGAGAAUGAAGAGGAAGACAGUGAAGGCGAUGGUGAUGAAGAAGAAGAUAAUGAAGAGGAAGAAGCUGAGGCUGGUUCAGAAAAGGAGGAAGAGGCCCGACUGUCUGCCUUGGAGGAGCAGAGGAUGGAGGAGAAGAAGCCCCGGGUGAUGCCAGGUGUUGUCAAGCUGGAGGACAAAGAGCGACUGGCACAGGAGGAGGAGAGUGAAGCUAAACGUUUGGCUAUCAUGAUGAUGAAGAAGCGGGAAAAGUACCUUUACAGCAAGAUAAUGUUUGGCAAGAGGCGCAAAAUCCGGGAGGCCAACAAACUGGCAGAAAAGCGGAAAGCACAUGAUGAGGCUGUGAGGUCUGCUAACAAGGCCAAGAAAGCAAGGCCAGUGUGAGCAUCGCCACGGCUCAGGCAGACCAGAUGCCCCAGGCUUGGUGACAGACCAGAAGCUUCUCCAUCCUCUUGCUCCCCCGCUGGCUCUCACAUUCUCACUGGGCCAGUAGACAGCUC